AUGUCGCCAGACGAUGAGCCACAGACCAGGAAAGACUCGAGGAAGAUCAUAUCGUUUAGCUCGACCGACCCAGAUAACCCCUACAACUGGCCACGCAGGAAGAAGCUGUAUAUCUUCUUCACCGGCAUCAUAACUGUUAUGAAUAGCACGAUUUCCUCGUCGUUACCGAGCGGAGCGAUCACUUUCAUCACAAAGCAUUUCGACGUCACACAAGAGAUCCAAUUUCCAUUGCCGAUAUCGUGUUUCCUCGCAGGUUAUGUGGUCGGGCCCACGCUUUGCGGUCCUCUGUCCGAAAACAAUGGUCGGCAACGAGUCAUCUUAGCAUUUUUCAUCUUGUCUACCAUCUUCAGCAUGGCCUGCGCAGUGGCACCUAAUUGGCCUUGUCUGCUCUUCUUUCGCUUUGUGUGUGGGAUUGGAUUCUCCGGGCCAAUAGCAAUCACGGGAGGAUUAUAUGCCGACGUAUACAACGACCCAAGAGAGCGUGGUUUGGCAAUGGCUUGGUUCAUGGUCGCGACGACAUUUGGUCCCAUCAUCGCACCAGCAAUUUCAGGAUUCAUUGCAGAGAAUACCUCGUGGCGAUGGGUAUUUGCGGUGGGCACUCUGAUCGCUGUUGCAACAAUCCCCUUUAUUGUUUUUAUGCCAGAGACCUACACACCAGUCCUUCUGAGUCGUAAAGCAGCACAACUUCGCAAAGCCACAGGUGAUCCCGAGAUCAUUGCCAAAACCGACCUUCAGAAGAAGACGCUGCGCCACGUCCUUACCGUUGUCAUGACUCGACCCUACCGCAUGCUGUUCCAGGAAGUCAUUGUCAUGUGUGUGGCGGCAUAUUGUUCUCUGGCAUACGCAAUCUUUUACCUGUAUUUCGAAGCAUACCCUAUCAUCUUUCAGGGCCCGGACUCGGUUUACAAAUGGUCCUACGGGCUUUCUGGCCUAGCAUUUAUCCCCAUUGGGUUUGGAUCACUCUUCGCGGCACCUAUAUAUCUCUGGUGGGACUCGUAUCUGGCCAAGGCACAGAAGCAGCAGGCAAAGUGGGCACAACAGGAAGAGUACAGGCGGCUACCGCUGGCUUGUAUAGGAGGGCCGCUGUACGUUGUUUCUCUAUUCUGGAUUGGGUGGAGCGCAAAACCAGGCACCUUUUGGCUGGCACCUGUCGCCUCAGGAGUUGUCUUUGGAGCGGCAUUCCUACUCAUCUUCAUGGCUUUGCUCAAUUACCUCACCGAUGCUUAUGAAACUUUUGCAGCCAGCGCGCAGGGUAUUACCAGUACCAGUCGAAGCGUCUUUGGUGCGCUCUUGCCACUAGCUGCUCAUAGCAUGUUCUCCCACUUGGGCAUCGCAUGGGCAUGCAGUUUACUGGCGUUCCUUAGUUUGGGAAUGUGUCUGAUCCCCUUUGCAUUUAUCAAAUAUGGUGACCGAAUUCGGGACAACAGUAAGUUUUGCAAGGAGUUGAAGGAGAUUAAGGCAAGGGAAGCGGCCCAGAGUGAGCAAGAAGAGAGGGAGGAAAAGCUGAGGAUUGAGAACGGUGAUUUGAAAAAAGAGGGAAAUAGGGAGAAGGAGGAUGAAAAGAUGUUCGAUCGGGUAUGA